GAGACCAUUGCUUAUCAUCAGUGCUAUGCUUUAAAAAAAAAAACAUUGUGUAUUGGAAAAAGUUAAACAUAAUUAAAAUAAGUGUCGGAAAUAAAGAUAACUUUAUGUUACUCCUAAUCAACAUAACGUUCGAUUGAAAUAUCCCCACAGUGAUACGUUUUAAAGGUGAUUUAAACAUAGGAGAUUAAUAGAAGUUAAAUAUUAUCAAAUUAAAUGUCAGAAGCAAAGAAUGUAUUUCUCAAUCAGUUAAAAAGUGAAUUGCGGCUUAUUUCGUCAUAAUCAAACAGCGAAUUGUAAAGCUUAUUCGAUUUUACUUCAAUGAAAAUAGGACACAGCCAAUUUACCUACUUUCGUUUGGACUAUUAACGCGGCUUGGAGUCACUUUAUUUUUAAACAGCGGCGUCAGAUCGAUCGGGACGCGGAAAUUCAUAAAACAAAACUGUAGCUCGUAAAAGGCGGGAAUGCAGCGAGCUUCGGUAUUUUAUUUAGGUGAAAAGCAAAGCGAUAUCCGUUCCGGUUCUAUUUUCGCACUGUAUCGUUUAUUACGAGGACCUGCGGCUGCGGGCACCCCGCACGGGAAUCGCACGGGCCACUCUACCGCCUGAUAUUAUAUUCUGGAGCACGCCCGCCUUACCUCGCUUCGCGCUAGAUAUUUCGAGUGUUGCUUCUAGCACCUAUGAAUUUAUCUAGUCUCAGUCACAUCACCCGCCCGGUGCAGCCGUCUGCAACGUUAACAAAAGCCUAUCGCUGCUAUAACUCAAUUCACAGCGCGCCAAAUUCGGUUCUAAAUAUAAUUAGGUCAAAGUCCUUUAAAUGUGCAAUUUAAUAACCUUUCUGUGACAGCAAUUCUUAUCUUCAAUGUAAACAAACAAUAACAAAAGGAAACUAAAAGCGAAAACAAAAAAUAACGUAGAAAGAGAACUAAUUACUACUUUUAUAACGUGAGCAAUUAAUGCUUAAAUGUUUAUACACGGUUUUAUCGGUUUUAUGGGAUCAACGACAUUUGCCCAUGGAUAUAUUCACUUUUGAAGUGCCGGCCAUUGUGCUGCCGUGAAAAGCGCCAACUACAAAGGCAGUGACAGACAUCGCAGAAUGUACAUAUGCAUCUAGAACAAAAAGCAGUGAAAAAAUAAUAAUGAAAGUGGAGGAUACAGCAACUGAAGGCAUAAGGGGUUGGGGCUGUACUCCAACUGGGGAUCAUCCUCCUGCAGUUGUGACAAACUCAUCAACCACAGAGCACUCCAGCGGUCUACCAAUAUGGAUCACUAGAGGAUGGAAGAGAAACUUAUUAUACGGAAUUAUAGUAUUUCUGAUGGUACUUGUGUUUUUGAACAUUGCCUUGACAUUGUGGAUCAUAAGUACUUUGAGGUUGACGGCGAGAGGAAUUGGUCCCAUUACAAUAGUUAAAGAUGGCGUACACCUUGCUGGGCAGGUGUGGGUAGUUGACAAACUAGUUGCUUCGACAAUAUCGUCGCAAGCAGCUCAAACUAUGACCUUACAUUCGCACCGAAAUUUCUCUGUCCUCGUUUCAGAGCCUGGUCAAGUAAACUUGGCUAAACUAGUAAUAAAGCGAGACACUAUAGAGUGUAGUGGGCAAGUAUUUGAGAUUCGCGACGCAAAAGGUGGUGAAGUAUUCUAUGCGUCUCGGGAAGAAGUCCGCGUGUCCGCAGACACCCUGAACUUAGACGGAGCCGGAGGCCUCACAGUUAAAAGUGCUCUCCAAACACCAGUCGUACGCGCACCGCCUGGUUCGGAUUUGCAAUUGGAAUCUUUAACAAGACGUUUAGACUUGAGAGCACCACAAUCAAUAUUUUUUGAAAGUAGAGCAGGUGGAAUCAGCAUAACAUCGCAUAGCAAUAUUACGCUUAAAUCAGACGUUGGAGCCAUUAAAAUUCAUGCUUCGAAUAUUAUAAUCAACAAUCUCAAGGAAGCAGCCGUAACGGAUGUUCCAAAUAAAAAAUCGUGGGGCAAAAAAGUUUACCAACUGUGUGCUUGCGCAUCCGGAAAAUUGUUUUUGGCAGCUCCAGAUUCUAUUUGCGCAAUGCAAGAUCAUGAAACUGAACUAUGUCGAUGAUACAGGUCCUUUGAUAUUUAAAAUAAUAUGACUGUACUAAGAUUUAAUAAUGGCAAUUUUAUGAACAUGAAUAGAUGUAAUUAUUAGGUCGGGGGAAAAGUUUUGUAACUUUUUUAAGUACAUUUUCUAAGAUUCUGUACAAUAUUUUUAUGAUUUCAUGACAUUUAUUUACAAUGUACAUACUAAUUUAGAAAGAUCGAAACCAUAUCCCAGAACGCUUUCAUGCUUUUUAACGAUAAAAAACAUUGCA